AUGUCGACCUACAGAUCAAAAAGAGCUAUUCCAUCGGCUAUAAAUACUCCAACAACAGUAAGAGUACACAGGGUAAAUGACACAACAAGUUCAGAGGCAGAAAGAAUUUUAACAAGCUUCAUUGAUGCCAGUGAGAUAAACAUUUCAGGAAAAGGUACCGCAGAAACUAAUACCACAGGUAUUUCUGGAGGAAACGAAAGUCCGGCUAUUGUGUCACAAUUGAAAAGAAUUCAAAGAAGCUUGAGAGGAUUGCCUCCACUUAUGAGUGAAGAACAGUUUACCAAGUCGAAUGCGUCUUUAGAAGAUUCUGAACGUCCCAACAAAAAGAUCAAGUUUGAUGAAUCUGAUGACAAUUUAUCCACUGAGAAAGUAACAGAAGACGAGGAAGAUAAGUUGAAUGAGAACAUAGAAGAAGUGGUGUCUGAAGACGAAAAGGCAGAACACAAAAAGGAAAAGAAAAGUAAAAAGGAUAAAUCUUCUAAGGAAAAAGACGAAAAGAAACAUAAGAAAAAGCACAAACACAAGGAAGAGUAG